AUAUGUGAACUCCACCAACUUCCCCCCCUCUUAUAAUUCAUAUAUAUUCUUGACUUUGCUUCUCUCUCAUUUAGCUAGCCCAUCCAGCUAGUCUCUCUCUCUCUCUCUUUCCCUCUUUUCUUCUUUUUAAUAAGUUACAAAACUUUUUGUAACUCAAAAGCGUGUUUCAAACCUCAAACUCCAAUUAUAAGCCACCUCCUAGAUCUCACUCAAAAAAACACACACUAACAAUGAAUUUCAAUUUUCCAAAAUCAAAAUUAUUCUUUCUAAUCAUCCUCACUCUCUCCCUCUUAUCUCUUCCAUCUCAAUCUCUACCCUCAAAAACCCAAAAACCUAUCAUCACAAAUCAAUUCAAAGAAGCCCCUCAAUUCUACAAUUCCCCAAAUUGCCCCUCCAUCACUCAAAACAACAACAACAUAGAAGAAGAAGAGGAAGAAAACAUUGAAACAUAUCUUUGUUCCAAUGAAGCAGUCCACGUGGCAAUGACAUUAGACACAACAUACAUCCGAGGAUCCAUGGCUGCAAUCCUCUCUGUCCUCCAACACUCAUCAUGUCCACAAAACAUUUUCUUCCAUUUUGUUUGUUCCUCAAACACUUCCUUAUUAAACUCAACAAUUUUCAAAUCCUUCCCUUACCUCAAAUUCCAAGUCUAUAAUUUCGAUGAUUCAAUAGUCUCGGGUUUGAUUUCAACUUCGAUUCGAUCCGCACUCGAUUGUCCUCUAAAUUAUGCAAGAAGUUACUUAGCAAAUUUAAUUCCAUUAUGUGUCAAAAAAAUUGUGUACUUAGAUUCAGACCUUAUAUUAAUUGAUGAUAUAAUAAAACUUGCAUCAACCCAAUUAGGCCAAAAAAAUGUUUUGGCAGCACCUGAAUAUUGUAAUGCAAAUUUCACAUUUUAUUUCACACCAACAUUUUGGUCCAACCCAUCAUUGUCAUUAACAUUUGCUAAUAGAAAAGCUUGUUACUUUAAUACUGGGGUUAUGGUAAUUGAUCUAGAAAAGUGGCGCGAAGGCGAUUACACGAAGAAAAUCGAAGAAUGGAUGGAAUUACAGAAGAGGAUGAGGAUUUAUGAACUCGGUUCAUUACCGCCUUUUUUGCUUGUUUUUGCAGGGAACAUUGUUCCUGUGGAUCAUAGAUGGAAUCAACAUGGACUUGGUGGUGAUAAUUUUAGAGGACUUUGUAGAGAUCUUCAUCCUGGUCCAGUUAGUUUGUUGCAUUGGAGUGGAAAAGGUAAACCUUGGGUUAGAUUGGAUGCUAAUAGACCUUGUCCUUUGGAUGCUCUUUGGGCACCUUAUGAUCUUUUGAAGACACCAUUUUCUCUUGAUUCUUGAACAAAUUUUAUUCUUGAGUCAACAAAAAUUAAUGUAUUGGAUUAUAUGCUAAAUACAUUUUAAUUUUUUUGUUGAUUCAAAUGUUUCUUAUAAAAAGUAAUCGGAGAGAAUUAUAGAAAAAAAUGAUGUUGAUAUGUAAUUACAAAAUAUAUGUAUACUCUUUCAAAUUAUGGAAAGGGAGAUAAUUGUGAAGGAUAUGAGAUUUUUCAAUAUUGUUUGAGAGAAAAAAAUAAUGACUUUGUUGUAUAUGAGUAAUUUUUGUUCUUAAUAAGGAGAGCAGAGCAUAAUCAAAUCAUGUUUAUGAUUUAUGAUAUGAAAAGACAAUUUUGUUUUGAUU